AUGUCGAAUUUGGCGAAACUCGGCUACUUUUUCGACAGUGAAGGCGUUUUGCGCAAUAAAAUUGUAAAAACUAGCAUUUUUCAAGGAAAAACAAUGUUUCGGGUUUUCAGACCAAUAGCAAGUUCAAAUACACCGAUCAGGAGGCGUAUGAAGCACUAGGCGAAGCAAUUGAUGAAGAAAUUUACACUAUGCUCGUCGAACGUUGCAAAUUGAUCAAAACACCGGUAAAUUGAGAGUUUGCCUAAAAAUGUGGAAAAUUGGGUGGUUCUGGCACAAUUUUCGUUCGUUUUUAAUAAAAGGCGCUUAAGCUUAAUAGUGCUUGUCAAAAUCGUGUAGAAAAUCAGCAAAAAUAGCACAAAAAAAGUACAAAACAAACCCUGGUAUUUUCGCUGUCUCAACCGUUUUUCAACGUAAAAAACUUGCAGCUGAAGCCGAAAGAGGGCAAAGAGUUGGACGAGGACGUGAGUUUCAUCUUCGUCUCGCCAGAGUGCCAGAAGAAAGAGAACCUGCUGGUGCUGGUGCACGGAAGCGGAGUGGUCCGUGCGGGGCAGUGGGCCCGUCGGCUCAUCAUCAACGAGAACCUGGAGUGCGGCACUCAGAUCCCGUACAUCGAACGGGCGCUCCGCAACGAUUGGGGCAUCGUCGUGCUCAACACCAACCACACGUGCUCCGAGCAGGAGGAGCUCAAGGUUUUUUUUUCGAUUUCAACAAAACGAACUCGAAUUCUCAUUGCGAUUUGCAGUACUCGCGAACGCCGGUGGAGCACGCGUCGAACGCGUGGAAGUGGUGGGUGCACGAGUCGUCGGCGAAGAACAUCUUCGUGGUGGCGCACAGCCGCGGCGGGUACGACAUGUCGGCGGUGCUGGCCACGUACGGACACGACAAACGCAUCCGCGUCGUCUGUCUCACCGACUCGCCCGGAUUCCAGAUCAGUGGCGCCGCUCGCAAUCGCGGCGAACACUUCUUCGUCAUCAAUUUCCUCGCGCAUCAGGUAUUCGUUUUAUACCACUGCCACAAGGACCAAGAAGCGGGAAGAAGGGCGGCACUAUUUCCGCAAUGUGUGUUGCACAAAUCACAUUUUUGGCAUAGCUGCGGGAUGUUUGAGAAACGCCGAAACAUUUUUCCGAUCUGGCGGUCGAAUUGAUUUCGGCAACCUAUUACAGUCCGGGUAAAUUGGGCAGCCUUACAAAUUUUGUUUUCGGCGGCACUUUACUCAACUUUUCAAUUUCAGAAUCGCAAAGCGGUGCGUAAGAUGGCGAAGCCGCCGGCCGAAGUGACACACGUGCACGCGGGCACCAAUGUGCACGAAUGGACGAGCCAUUGCGCCUUCAACGCCAUUUUUUUUAUUCUCGAAGAACGCGUAAGGCAGUUUUUUUUAGUCAAUUCAUCGCUGUUGCCCCUCGGCGUGUGCAGGCUCAAGCCAACAUUUCCUGAAAUUAGGCUUGAGUACGCAAACACCGAGCGGGGGCAAGAUCGGUGAGUUGAGAGUAAGCUGUGGAGAUUCGUUUUUAACAUGUUUUUUUUAGCUGGACAAAUUCAACUUUGAUACGGUGCUCGAACGGGCGAUGGACCUGAUUCCGAGCCAAGUGGAAGAGCCGGUGGAAGAGGAGGAAGACGCUGGAAAAGGGAGAGAAGAAGAAAUCGAGGCGGAGCACUUCAACAGACAACCCGUUUGA